ACAGCAGCAGCAGCGAGUGGGUGAGUGAGUGAGGCGUGUUGCAGAGUGAAGCGGGUGGGGCUGCUGCUUUGAAAGGGGCGGGAGCUUGUGUUGAAGCGGCUGCUGCCCUUUGGGCUGAUGAGCUGCAGGACGAUGUCUCGGGUUGUGAGACUGGCGGCUCCUGGCCCCUGGGGUUUCCGCAUUACCGGCGGCCGAGACUUUAACAAACUCAUCACAGUGACCAAGGUAAUCAACGGGAGCAAAGCAGAUUUAGUGGAUCUCCAGGUCGGAGACCUGAUCACCAGCAUAAAUGGAUCUGAAGCCUGUGACAUGAUCAACAUGGAGGCCCAGAACAAGAUUAGAAUGUGCCCUGGGGACCUCAUCCUCAGUGUCGAGAGGCCAGUGGCAGGGUCCCCGAGUGUGCUCGAUGGAUCUUGCACAGACACUUCGCUUGCACAGAGAUUCCAGACUGUCCUUCACCCGAGCAGGGAUGAGAAUAAAAAUAUUGUGGAGAGACCGUCGAGCAGCCCAGGUUCCCUUCGCCUGCCACCACUCAGAUCCCUCUCUCCGGCACCUGAUCCCAAAUCCAUCUCUCCAAGUUCAGGCAGGAGGUCUAUAUCCCCAGUUUGGAGCACACGAGAGGAGAAGGAGGACAGUCCAUAUCGGGGUAACAUAGUGCCGAAGGGAUUCCAAGUGGGAAUUGGGGGCCGCAGGAGCCUCUCGCCUAUCUCCAGUUCCCACUCGGUGCCCAGGGUGAGCCACUCAGCAGACUCCAGUCCUUCGGAGGUGAGGGACCAUCGUGAAGAAUUGCAGUCUCCCGAGUCUGUUUCUUUGAGCAAAGGACUCAGAGCACCUGAUUGUCGCCCCUUGAAUCGAAUCGACAAAGACUCCGAGGUUUAUAAGAUGAUCCAGGAGAAUCGAGCAGCGAAAGAGCCUCCGAGACAAUCAAACCGGUUUCGCCAGCUUCAGGAGGCCCUGGAUGCACAUCAGGAUGGAGCUGCAGUUCAAUUCCCGGGGAGAUUCUCUCCCUCGGCUCCAAUCACAGGAGUAUCCAAGUACCAUAUGUGCGAGAAAUGUGGCUCCAGCAUUGUGACUGAGGCAGUGAAGAUUCGGGAUGGUUGUUACCGGCACCACAAUUGCUACACUUGCACAGACUGUGGCCUGAACCUCGGCAUGAGGGGUCAUUUCUGGUUCAGGGAUAAGAUGUACUGUGAGAAACACGCACAGCAGCAUUUCCAGGCUGCAGAGGGUAGCUUGUGACCUGGGCACAGUUUAACUAUCAGUCUGACCUUUGACACGCUUCCAAUGACCACCGAAAAUCCCUUUGUAAAAUAUCAGACGAUUUAAUAAAGGAAUUAUAGCA